AUGACCGGGCCGUCUAUUCAAGACCGCACGAGCGAGUUCAGCGCCAUUCUUGGCCACGCCCAAAAACGGCUCGGCACCUCAAAGGUUGGGUCGCAGCGGCAGGCGCUGCUGACAGAUGCCCAAAGGCGACAGGCUAAUGGGUCGCCAUCUGGUGCGCAGGAAGGCAAGGGAGGUAGAUCGGAGUUUGCGCGAAGGGCGCGAGAUAUCGGAAGGGGAAUUACUGGCACGACUGCAAAAUUGCAGCGUCUGGCAGAGCUGGCGAAGCGAAAGACGCUUUUCGAUGACCGGCCCGUCGAGAUAUCGGAGUUGACAUACGUGAUCAAGCAAGAUCUGGCCGGGCUGAACCAGCAGAUUGCCUCUUUGUCUGCGCUGACCCAGGCGCAACAUCCGAAGUCGAACCGGUCAAAGACAGACCAGGAAGGAGAACACAAUGACAACGUUGUCGUAAUGCUGCAAGGAAAGCUUGCCGACGUGGGAGCAAGCUUCAAAGAAGUCCUUGAAGUCCGGACGAAGAAUAUUCAGGCUUCUCGAACAAGAACCGAGAACUUUGUGUCGUCUGUAUCAUCCAAAUCGCAGAGCGCUCUCGAUUCGCAACGCUCCGAUUCUCCGUUGUACAACACCUCAGGGCGACGAACUCCUCAACCCGGAUAUCAAGGAAACUCGUCCGAUCUUUUGACUCUGGACCCUUCAAACCCCUCACCUUUAGGACAAUCAUCCAUGCAAUCCGAUCAGCAGCUACUGGUUAUGGAGGAAGCCCAAUCUAGCAAUACCUAUAUUCAGGCCCGUGGAGAAGCCAUUGAAGCCAUUGAGCGGACCAUUAGCGAACUGGGCGGCAUCUUUGGCCAGCUAGCACAGAUGGUUAGCGAACAGUCCGAAAUGAUCCAACGCAUCGAUGCCAACACGGAGGACGUUGUGGACAACGUCCAGGGCGCUCAACGAGAACUGAUGAAAUAUUGGACGCGGGUGUCUGGCAACCGGUGGCUCAUUGCUAAGAUGUUUGGUGUCCUGAUGAUUUUCUUCCUUCUUUGGGUUCUGAUCUCGUGA